ACAAGCGAUCCCAAGGAGAGAAAAUAUCUGCUGAAAAUGAGAGAAAUCCUUCAUAUUCAAGGAGGCCAGUGUGGAAACCAGAUCGGUGCUAAGUUCUGGGAGGUCAUCUGCGGCGAGCACGGCAUCGACUACACCGGUCAGUACUGCGGCGAGUCAGAUCUACAGCUCGAGAGGAUCAAUGUCUACUACAACGAAGCCAGCGGAGGCAAGUACGUCCCACGCGCAGUUCUCAUGGAUCUGGAGCCUGGAACCAUGGACUCUCUCAGAUCCGGGCCGUUCGGUCAGAUUUUCCGGCCGGAUAACUUCGUGUUUGGGCAGUCUGGUGCCGGGAACAACUGGGCGAAGGGUCAUUACACGGAGGGAGCUGAGUUGAUUGAUUCGGUGCUCGACGUUGUGAGGAAGGAAGCUGAGAACUGCGACUGUCUUCAAGGUUUCCAAGUUUGUCAUUCUCUGGGAGGAGGAACUGGCUCUGGCAUGGGAACACUUCUUAUUUCGAAGAUUAGGGAGGAAUAUCCAGAUCGUAUGAUGAUGACCUUUUCGGUUUUCCCUUCUCCUAAGGUCUCCGACACUGUGGUUGAACCAUACAACGCUACACUCUCCGUUCACCAGCUUGUUGAGAACGCCGACGAAUGUAUGGUUUUGGAUAACGAAGCUCUCUACGAUAUCUGUUUCCGCACCUUGAAGCUUGCUAAUCCCACUUGUGAGUUUUAA